UGCUAUUGCUAUCCAGAGCCGAUCGGGCCGUCCCUCCCUCCCUGCCUCCUCGCAGCCUGACUCACUUCCCUUACGGCGCCCAGCCCAGCGCGCCCGGAAUAGCAGGUGGCACCAUGGAUGAAUACAAAGGCAUGACAGACAAGGAACUUAUUGCACGAUUGAAAGAAUACAGCAUCCCCCACGGGCCAGUUGUUGGAUCUACCCGGAAACUUUAUGAAAAGAAAAUCUAUGAAUAUGAGACUGAGCGGACUCGAUAUCCUUCACCUGGAGGAUCUGUGUCCCACACAGAACCAGCCACCAGCCAAAGCUACGUAAAAGAGACCUUUGUGAGUCCACGAAAAGGGGAAGACUUCAGCUAUGGACGAGAAGCUCUUGGCUCCACAAGAACUUACUUCAAAGAAUAUGUCCCAACAAGACAGGAAUACUAUUCUGAGUACAAAGAUGAAGAUCCCAGCCCCACCAAGUCGUAUCUGAGUUACAAUUACAGUUUGCCUCAACGUGAAGAACAUUCUUCAUAUGCAUCAGAAGAUAUGGAUGUGAACACUACUGAGCCUUCCAGAUCUUCCUAUCGAAGUUACUCGUCUUUAUUAAGCCAUACUACAUCUCCAGGGACAGUGAGCGCCCGUCAACCAAUUGCAGAGCCAUAUCCCUACUCUUCCAGUGAGAAGGACAUGUCAGCUGAGACGUACAGAGACAGCAGUUCCUACCAGAGCGUUUUCCAACGAAAAUCACCCGGCUCGUCUUCGCUGCAGGUGGAGGCCCGCCGUUCCAUACAUCCAGAACGCCAGGCUCAGGCGGUGGAGAAGACUUUGGGGAGCAAUGCAGAAGCCAAGCGAUACCUCCCCCUCUGGCUCCAGCUCCUGGUGUUCGGGCUGCUGGCUGCCUUCCUGGCCUUCAUCUACUUCUUACAGGGAGGGGCUGGUGAUAAUCCCUUUGUCAAGUCUAUUAGUCAGUGAAGUCUUGGCUUUUAUUACUAAGGCUUUUUAUCCCCAAGAGCCUAGGCCAAUCUUAGCUGACCUGGUUCCCUUGGAUGUCACAGCCCGUUGGCUGGCAUGCUGUGAUUUGCAGUCUUAACCCAGUCAGAGGGCAUCGCAAUGGCCAGGAGAAGCCUAGAAUUUUGUGUGGGGUUUUUUUUUGGGGGGGGGGUGUAGAAUGUUUUUGACAGUUAAGUGCCUUCUUGUCAGUUAAUGGGGAGGGGGGGAAGGAAGUGGUAUAUUGAGAGCCAGAGAUGGAAAAGUUUCUACCAACUUUCCAGAGAUAAAGCUGCUCUCCAUACUUGGGGCCAUCCCCUUCCUGAAACCAGCUAACACGGGGCAUUUUUAUCUGCUGAUUUUAUAAGCUUGUCUUUAUAUCAGGAGUAUGGGUGGCUUGUUAUGAGGGGAUGGGAGGGCACGGAGGGAAGAAUUGUAUCCUAUCAAUUGCUUUGUUGGUUUUAAAUAUACAAAUGUACGGAAUAUCUAAAUAAACCUCCUCAUUUUUUAA